GCAGGUUGCUGUGGCCGGCAAGAGUUGGAAGGGAUUCCCCCCACACCCCCCUUUCUUUUUUUCCCUCCUCCUCGUUGCACAUCUGAGGGCGGCAGCGGGGCUGGCUCCCCCCUCCCGGAGGUCGCCUUUGUUUUGCCCGUGUCGCUUCUCCCGAGCGGCCGAGGGGGCGGGAGGGGGCCGGGGCUGGGCUGUGCCGGGCUGGGCUGUGCCGGGCUGGGCUGGGCUGUGCCGGGCUGAGCUGUGCCGGACCGGCCGCCCCUUCUCGUCGCCGGCAGCCGGAGCUCGCCGAGUUGGUGCCGCCCCCCCGGGCCGGGGCUGAGCAGCCGCAGCUGCCCGGGACCCCCAUGGCACCGCCGCGAUGUUCGUGUCCCGGCUCCUGGAUUUCCAGAAGACGCGCUACGCCAGGUUCAUGAAUCACCGUGUCCCGUCCAACUGCAGGUACCAGCCCACGGAAUAUGAGCAUGCAGCCAACACUGCCACCCACGCUCUCUGGAUCCUGCCCAGCAUCCUUGGCAGCUCCAUCCUCUAUAUCCUCUCUGAUGACCAGUGGGAAACCAUCUCAGCCUGGAUCUAUGGCUUUGGCUUGUCCAGCCUCUUCAUUGUCUCCACCAUCUUCCACACCAUCUCCUGGAAGAAGAGGCAUCUCAGGACUGUGGAGCACUGCCUGCACAUGUUUGACAGGAUGGUGAUUUACUUCUUCAUCGCCGCCUCCUACGCUCCCUGGUUGAACCUGCGGGAGCUGGGUCCCUGGGCGUCCCACAUGCGCUGGAUCAUCUGGAUCAUGGCAUCCGUCGGCACCGUCUACGUUUUCUUCUUCCACGAGCGGUACAAGCUAGUGGAGCUGGUGUGCUACGUUAUCAUGGGCUUCUUCCCCGCCUUGGUCAUCCUCUCCAUGCCCAACAGGGACGGCCUCCUGGAGCUGGUGGCUGGUGGCUUCUUCUACUGCCUGGGCAUGGUGUUCUUCAAGAGCGACGGGCGCAUCCCCUUCGCCCACGCCAUCUGGCACCUCUUCGUGGCCAUGGGAGCUGGCACCCACUACUAUGCCAUCUGGAGGUACCUGUACCAGCCUGGGGCACUGGACACGAAAACCUCCCCUCGGUAGAAGCCUUAGAGACGUUGUUUGUGCCACCUGGCACGUGGGGACACACAGGGCACUGGUGACACAGCGGGCUCGCCCCAACCCACCCCCUGGCCCCGUGGACAGCAGCUGUUGGUGCCCUUCCUGCACAGACAGGAGAGCCUGGAGGUUGAUUUUAAAUGUUUUUCUUUUUUAAGCUCGGGAACUGUUUAUUUUUUUAGGCAAAGUUUUCAGAACACAGUGAGUGACUGGGCUGUGGGUGGUAGGAGUGACCACUCACUGGAGCUUUGCUCACUCACCUGGUCUUGAGCAUCCCAUGGGACUGGGAACCUUGGCCUCACAUGCCUCAGCUAUGACACCCUGGGUUUGGCUCCUGGAGUCCCUAGAUGUGCCACUGAGGGGACUGGAGGAGUCAGGGUGAGUGGAGAGCCCCAGUGGUGGAGAGGGAUGUGGUGACACCCCUGCACCACCUGGUCUGGCUCCUAAAUCGUCCUGAGUCCUGCCAGCAUCAACAGCUCCGUCCCAAGCCCUUGAGGGGAUGGUCCAUACUCAACAAGCCUUACAAGAGAUUGAAACUUGAAUCUCUUCCAGGGCAUCCCAGUCCCUGAGCACUGGGAAAGCCUUUCUCUAAGCCAAUGUGAAGUGCACAACUCAUCCAUACAUCCCUGGGAUCCCCUGUGGACAUUUUCUCCCUGGAAUGCUCGGUUUUCCU